AUGGAUAGGAAGCGACUGUGCGUGGAGGUGGUGGGCGCCAGGAACCUCGAGAGUCCCCAGUCCGUGGACGCCUACUGCGUCGUGGGGCUCUGCGACGUCAAGCCCAGGAAGGGGGCGCGCAGCCGGCUCGCGGCCUACCCGAGCUUCCGGUCGUCCACGGUCACGGACUCCAGCAGCCCCACGUGGGCCCAUGUGGCGGAGUUCGUGGUGCCCGCUCGGCCCUCGAGCGUGCGCCUGCGGGUGCAGCUCUUCAGCGAGAAGAACUUCUUCUUCGACAUGUUCCCGUCCAGCAGCACCGGCAGUUUAUCCGAUGAAGAAGGUGGCGAGAAGGGGGCGGACCUAGCAGGGAACGCAGGCAAGGAGCAGAAGAAGGCGGCGGUGGUGGUGAAGCCCAAGCUCGUGGUGACUGGGUGGAAAGGGAUCCACGACAGUGAUAGCGACGAUGUCGUCACGCUCUCGGAGGAGGAAGACGAGGAGGAAGAAGAAGAGUUCGUGGAGGACGAGGCUUGGUCUGCUAUUGAGGAGAACUCGGCUGUUGCAGAGGAGAGCAUUGACGACCAGAUGCUGGGCGUCGUGGAGAUCAACUCGAGCUUGCUGUGCAAGCCGUCGAGGGUCGUGACCGACGCGUGGUAUAGUCUGGGCGGCACGAGGACCGGGGAAGUGCGGAUUCGAACGGCUUGGUAUGAACGCAGCAAAAGAGCGCUCACGGCGCAGGAUCGAGAAAUGCUGUUUGAGCAGCAUGUGAAUCAAGCUGUGACGAAGCCCAUGAACGAUUUUUACGGGUUUGCCAUCCCGGAGGCUGCCAGAGAGGAUUGGCUGCAUUUGCGCUCGUACCAGGACUGUCGAGAAGAGAGGCGCGUUGAGGAUUGGACCAAAUUGUACGGUACGCAGUUCCCGGAGCGUCUACGGCGUUGCUCGUACAAGGAGAAGGACACGGAGGAGAAGACACUCCUUAUGCAGCUGGCUCGUGCUGGGAUCCCGCGUCACUUGCGAGAACGCGCGUACAUGAACCUAUCCGGUGCGAGUGAGAAACAAGCAAAUGCAGGCCCGGAUUAUUACGCGAAUCUUGUCAAGGAAGCGGAGACGAUGGAGACGGAGACGUUCCGCCAAAUUGAACUUGAUAUCGACCGCACAUUUGGACACUCGGGAACGACGAUCUGCUCCGAGGCCGGGCGCGGCCAGCUUCGACGCAUUCUUCGAGCCUACUCUCUCCGUAACCCGUCCGUCGGCUACUGCCAGGGGUUGAACUUUAUUGUGGCGUUUUUCCUGCUGAUGGCGGACGAGGAAGUUGUGUUCUGGCUUCUGAGCGUCUUCUGCGAGGACCUCUACCCGGGUUAUUACUCUCCAGCGAUGGCUGACAUUCAGAGGGACAUGCGCGUGCUGAAGCAGCUGAUCGCUGAAGAGCUUCCUCAGCUCGACGACUUUACGGCUGAAGUGGGGCUGCCGUUGGAGCUUCUGGGCUCGCAGUGGUUGCUGUGCUUGUUCACGACAACGUUUCCCAGCGAGACGGUGUUCCGCAUUUUUGACUGCAUCUUCACGGAAGGGUCAUACUUUGUGUUCCCAGUCAUCAUGACGCACCUGCGGAAGCUGGAGCCGACGUUGCUGGAUCUCGAUGAAUUUCAUCGUGUGCUGUCUUCGAUUAAGGAUGCUGAAAGCGUGUGCAUUGACGGCGACUUGUUCAUGGCGGCUGUUUGCAAGGAGGCCGAGAGCAUUACGCCCAGUCGUAUUCAGCAGCUACGCGAGGAACAGUGUGGGUCCGUGCGCAGUGAGAUGGAGCGAGCCGAACGUGCCCGUGCGUUCAACCAGCAGCUCGCAGUCGUGUACCAGAUUCCUGCGUUCUCCAACUAUGCAGCAGGACUCCUGCGCUUUUUCCACGAGGAAGCGGAAGUGUCGUCACGCUCGGAUGUGGCGUUCGUGUUGACGAUGCUCUGUCAUGGCCUAGUGUGGCUGGCCGAACACUCCAAGCGUUGGCAACGCUGA